GUUCCUGAGCUCAGAUGCGGUUUGUGAGCAAUUGGAGGCCAAUCAAGGGCAAUCCAAGAAUACUUAGUACCACACCACCUUGCCUAGUUCCCCUCAAUCCUCGUUAUGUUUAUUUUUUUCCCCGCUGCGUCACUCGUCACUCCAGACCCUUUCCCCUCUUUCUCAACAUUCCUUUUUCUCGACGAUCCCUUCUCCAUUGGUUCGCCCUCGCAAACCGGUGGGAUAAGGGGAAGAAAAUAUCUGAUUUAUGUUGACUGACGCACACCUCGUGGCUCGUGCGAAUAGCUUCCGCCCACCAACUCCACUCCCCGUCAAGUAUGGAGCAGACAAGAAAGACACUAUCCGGACAGGAACAAGCCAACAACAUGCCACCAUGUCACGGUGAACACGAAAUAUUGUUCGGGAAGUGGCUGCUUCACCCUUGAAUUUCCCUCGACGACACCUAUGCUAAGACGAUAUGGCUGGCUUGGUUGAACUGACGGGUAUCCAAGACGCGGUAUCUGUGUCUAUCCGUCCGUGAUUGAUAACUUUUCAUGUCUGCCGCCGAUGGCCAAGUGGAAAGCUCACGCAAGAGUUCGUCGAUGUGAGCUGGAUACUAGUUCGUGCUACUAUUUUGCCCCCUGCAUCGCGACCUUCACAGUACGCCCGAUUACGCCUCCAAUUGUUGGCCACUAUCUCCUUUCUUUUUCUUGUCUAGCUCGCUGGCCUCAAUAUGUCGCGACGGACAAGAUAAGCCACGACACAACGGAACAUUUCCUGUUCUUGUCUUCAAUGGCCGUAAGCCGGCCACAGCUCCUCCAUCAAGGUUCCGUAUAACAGCGACCUCGUGUCCGCGCUCUCAGGGCACACGCAGUGUCUUCGUCAUCUAUAUCACUGUCUCGGCUUUAAACACCUUCUCGAUCCCUCGCGUGUUGGAAACCAAGGGCGACAUUCCAUCCACUCACUGUCUUACUCGAAUCUGCUGCGCUCUGUCGGCAUAACUGUUUUGACAGCGCCGGGUAUCACCACAUGAAACUUAAUGUUAUAUAGUGCCACUGUCUAGCUUGUUUCGCUGUUAGAGGCGGGAUUGGAAGGACUGUUCCAAAACAUUACACGGCAGACUUGGUGUAUCGGCAUUUCUGCUAGAACCCGGUGUCACCGUCACACUAAUCACCGUCUCCCAUCCACUUCCACCCAGCGCCCAUACCUUCCAACACCGUACGCGCUUUUGUACGAGGCAAGCUCCCUUCGCCGUGGCAGGGAUAUGCCCCGGCAUCAUAUCAACAGGCGAUCAGCGCAGGGAUCCAUGACCACUUCACUUAACCCCAACAACGAUCUGACUUGACCACGAGUCACUCUUCCUGCGUCCUUCCUGCGACCUGCAUCCUGUAUUGACAAGGUGGCGGGCAGAGGUGGCAGCUAAGCUUCUGCUUCUUCCCUUCGGUUGACGUCCGGUUUACUUCAAGGUUCUUCUCGUCCGGUGUCGUCAAGACAGUCCGCCACCAAACCCUUUUCGACUUCUUUCCCCGGCACAGCUAUCAAAAUGGAGGUUGAGACGCAGUUCAGAGACUUUAACUUCCCCGAGCUCCUGGCCCAGAGCUUGGAGGAAUCCGAGGUUUUCUUUAACACCAAGUCUAUGACCGCCGGUUACCCAUGCCAAGGUCUCGCAGCAGCGACCCACGUGGAUGAGGAUUAUCCGUAUCGAACAUCAGAUCAAAUGACAAUCCAAGGCCAGGGACCAAACCACCACCACCGCCGAACCUCCUCUCGCACUUCAUCCCAUUACAAAUCUGUGGCCCCUCAGAGUGUCCAGCAAUCGCUUCACGAGGGCACGGAGCGCAGAUUGGCGGCAGACAUGCCCCGGUACCAUGAGCAAUUUGGGGCCGCAGACGACUCUUCUGACACCUCCAGUGAUUCAUCCGUAGAGAUGAUGCCACCUUCGAUCAGAACCCGCCAGCAAUCAGUGGUCACAACCACUACCUCGAUCUCCGGUUGCAGCUCUUCGCCAUUCUCGAGCAAGCCCCACUCCCCCUCUUCCAACUCAUCGAAACCGACUCCCAACCGCCAAGGAACGUGGUUUGAUGAUGAGCCAGACCCGAUGUCAGGAUCAGGAGAGCCCGACAUGGCCAACGACCGUUAUGUGGCCCCUCGGCCGCAAACAGCCCGUGGAUUUAACGACACGAUUCUCGGCAAGGAUGUGCCAUCCUCUCCUAGUUCGUCGACGACACCUUUCCCCAAUGCAGUCCCAGUGGCAUUGCCGAUUCACUUGACUGAGAACGGGGAUCGUCCGCGCACAUCUUCCGGACAGUCUUGCAUAGGAAAGCCUCGCAUAAUUGACAUCCAUCCGCCAGUUGUGCCCAAAAGAAAGUCAUCCCUAAGACGACUCCAUGUUCAGGAACCCCCCGCGGUACCGGCAUUCUGUCAACAGGAAGGGCUCGCCAGCGAUGCGGACAGUUUACAAGAUAGCAUGGUCCAGACAAGGGGUAUAACGCUGCUCCCUUCUCCGACGUUGCCAGUACUUUCGACGCCCGGAGGCAGGACGAUCAUCGAUGCCUCCAAAAGGCCGUCACUUGAGCUGUAUAUAAAGAAGAAGGUUCCGCACUCGCAGACGUUGCCUGAGGAGGUUGGAGCGAGCAGGAAGGAAAGUGCGAGGCAUGAACGGCCUUCGGGGGACAGCGUCCAGGAUCUACGCUCAAAGUUGGAUGUGAAGACUUCGACUGGGCACGUUCAAGACUGGAUUCGAUCGCAUACGGAGCCAGCGGUUGGCCGUGUUCGGGCUCCUAGUUUCGUUCCAAACAGUCCCGUGGCUGGUGUUCCCUUGCCUGCGGAUGUGCUGAACACUCUGCGCAUCUCAACCUCGUGUUUUCCAGAAACCACAUUGCUCACCUCCAGCCUGUCCAUCGAGACGAUACGGACGUACUCUAGAAAGCUCAGAUACCAGGUUAGAAAGCCCGGCAACAGUGUCGACGAUGACGACAACGAGUCGGUCUUCACCUUCUCUAGCCCCAACGUCAAGUCACGCAAGCGCUGGAACCUGCCCAACCUAAUGCAAAGCCGGCGCAACAACAAAAGACUCGCAAGCUACGCCCAUGACUUGACCCGAAAUACCUAUCCGGAGCCGAGAGCAACCAAACCCUCUGGUGUCCCCGAUUGGGCGCCCAUCAAAAAUAUCUUUCCCACCGGCACCGACCACCUCUGCGACGCCCUCUACGCGCAUUUAGUCGCCUACAACUACGUCGGCACCCUCUGUCCUCCCCUACCCAACACAUCUUCGCAUGCUCUCAAAGAGGCCAAGAGCGUUCGUAACAACCCUUCCAGCCCGACGCGCGGCUCAGACGACAACGUGCGCCGUGUUCCCAGAAAAGCAGAGAGCAUCCUCGGCAUGAAUGACGAAACAGCAGUAAAUUUCUCCUCCGGCGCGCUCCACUCUUCCAGAGACGGCGGUUUCAACCGUCCCUUCAUCGGGGACAACGAAAAACGAGGUGUGCCAAAAGUAUUGACGAGCAGCGGCAGCAACAACGGCGCUGGUUGCGACUUGACUGCGCUAAGGGAUAUCCAUGCCGGGUUGGCAAGGUGCAUCACCCGUUUAGUUACGACGCUGAAGCUUACUACUGGGGAGGGUAUGGUGGAGGGCGAAGCGCUGUCGCCAAAGGAGACGGUGACGCUGGAUCCGUUCCUGCUGAGGACGCUUUGCGAGCUGGUGAGGUGCGCUGAGGAGGCAACUUGUUAAAGGAUUCGAUUUGUAUGGAUAAUGAGUGUGAUGAAGCGGCUUCGUUGGGAUGACCGUUGUGAUACCUUCAGUGGCCUUACCGGUCCUCUUUUUUUUCUUGCCUUAUUUUAUCUCGUCUUAUUCACUCUCGCAAGCGUGGUUCUUGCGAGCAUGGUUUAUGAUGGCAAGUUGUGUCGGAAAGAAUACCCAAUGGCUUGACGGACAUGGCGACGGGCUGGGCAUGAGCUUUCGGACCUGAGUUACUUUGGUGGCACGUCCGGACGGAGAAGUGUAACGGCAGUGUAUUUUAGUGUAGUUGGGAGUACGAUUGGGCCAGGCAAGUGGAUGGCUUUUGUACAUCUAAGCUCACCGUCGUGUGAAGCCGAUGAUGAUAUGCCUUUUAUUCGUUAAUGUCUAUUGAUGCCCCUUUGCAAUUCAACGAGCAGCAUUCGUGGAUGUCGAUGAACGGGCAUUUUUGAUAGAGGCAAUGACACCAUCACCGCCCUGUAGGGCUGUGCUAAC